CAGCUAUCGAUUGAUCGUCGUAUACUUGCUUUCUAGUGGUUUGAGCUAUCGAGUGAUCAUUGUAUACUUGCUUUCUAAUUCCGCAGGUUUCUUCGAAGAUGAAGGUUUUUCUCACCGUGUUGCUUGGCGCAAUCUUGGCCUCCCUCGGUCAAGGAAUGUUGUUUGGGAGGGGCACGUUCCUCGUCAGCUCGCCCAGUGACUUCCUGUGUAAAACCAUUCCGUUCUUGACUCCAUUUGCGACGGAUAGCGUGCACGUGCAAAUCACUCUUCACAUGGACGAACAAUCGGGACCAACUUACGAAGCAGCGGUUAACUGGGUAGAGCAAGUCUGCCGAGAGGGAUUAACCACUUGCGUGUCCGCAUCCGGUCCGGUUUCUGGCAACCGGACAGUCACGGUCCAGUGGCUUGCAUAUACGAGUAUCCCGGACAAUAAAGGACUGCAUUCGACUGUGUCCAUCGAUAGAUGGACUGCUGGCACCAAAUGCACAGCUGUUGACUUUGUAGCUAUGAGUAAGUCCUUCCCGUCCGCACCGUAUGUUUUCGUCACUGCUGUUCACGACUCCCAGCAAAAGAAACACGAUAGCGCCAUUGUCUGGGCCGAGGAUGUCACUUCAUUCGGCUUCCAAAUUUGUCUUCGUGAGUUGAAAAACUACGACGGAGUACAUGAAUUUGUGAAAACAAGGUGA